UUAAUUAGCGUCAACAUGUCAAGUACACGAUAGCUACAGUCCGGCCUUCGGCUUCUUCCGGCUGACAUCGAUAUAAGUCGGCUGCGUGCCUUCCUGUUAUCAGUGAGUUUCAGGUAAACAGUGGCAGUGUCCAAACAUGAGAGGAUUACCUGCAGUGGUUUUUGUCCUGGUGGCAGUAACAUUGUUGGCAGUCCACUCGGCCCCCGCCCCCGAUCCUGCCGCCCCUGUCGCUUCUGACGCCUCUGCCGCCCCUGCCGCCCCCAGCGGGGCCACCCCUGAUACCAAGGACCUUCAAUCCUCCGCCACCUUCGGGUUUGGGUUCGGAGCCCCUGUGUCCUACUACAGAUACCCGCGGUACCGAUACUACAACUACUACGGCUAUCCGUACAGCUACAGCUAUGGAUACGGUUACCCCUACUACAACAACUACUGGGACGACUGGCGCUACUACUACUACUGAUCACUCUGCUACUGUCUGUAAUACCUCUCCUCUCACAAAUAUACUGUUCUUCACACUUUUGUA